AUGGUGCGAACGAUCGUGCGCGUAAAGCGCCGUCGAGAAGACGCCUCUGCGCCCGUCAUAGCGCUCGAGAGCGACGGAAAUGAUGGAGAAAGUAAUGAAAAGAUGAAGAUGCGACGACGGGCAGCCGAGCUCGCGGCGACGCUGGACGCCGUGCUCGAGGGCGGGAGCGCGGCGACGCCGUACGGGGACAUCGACCGGUCUCACGUGGACGUGGGUGUCGCGCGAGGAGCGGUAAGGUCGGCGAAGAGGCGACGGACGUGCGCGCGCGUGGCGCAGGGCGUAGACGAAGCGGCCGCGAUGACGAACGACGCGUGGCGCAACCAAGGGAACGAUGCGUCGAGGGAUUCAGAGGUGCGGCGUGGCGGUCUGAUUUCGGAAAUGAAAGGUUCGGCGGAGUGUCGAUUCUUGGACGUCGUAGCGGAGGCGAGACGCGGUGGCGAUGACGUGGAAGCGGAGUCGACGUUGAUGUGCAACUACGCACCGAUGGUUCGGGAGUAUCUUGAGCGAAGCGGAAAGGGUUCGGCGUCGGACGUGCCCGCAUUCGAGGGCGAGGUGACGAAACCUUCGGGAUCUGAAGACAGCGCGGAGUGGGUGUACGACGUGUACGUCAUGGAAGAGGACGGUGUAACGAACGACGUCGAGGGCGCCGACGAAGGCGAUGAAGGCUACCUGCCAGUGAUUCGCAUUCGCGAUUUUCACGAUUACGUCGGUGAAGACGACUUUGAGAGUGAUUUCGGCGACGAUGACGAUAGCAACGCGGAGGACUAUUUCGGUGUAGAUUACCCGGACACAGAGUCGGGCGAAUCUGAUGGAGGUUUCUUGCCAAGAGGAUACCGCGACGGCGACGAGUCGUAUGGAAGCGACGACGACGAUUUUGGGGACGUCUGGCAUCAUUAG